AUGUCUGAUCCAAUUCUAUCCGCGGUCUUAACCCAGCUGGGUUCCAUCCUGGAGACCCAAGUCCGCCAAGAAUUGAAACUCGUGGUGGGUGUGGACAAAGAUAUCGAGAACCUUAAAACUACCCUCCGUUCCAUCGAAGCCGUGAUGGUGGAUGCUGAGAAGAAACAAGUCAAGGACAACUCCGUGGAACAAUGGCUGCAGAGGCUCCAAGAAGUCGUAUACGACAUGGAUGAUGUAUUGAACGAGUGGAACACGGCACUUCUGAAGACAGAAACUCAGGAACUCGAAGAUUCUGCAACCCCUCACAAAAAGGUGUGCUUUUUCAUUUCCUCACCUUGCCUUUGCUUUAGCCGGGUUGCUAAACGUCGUGACAUAGCCCUUAAGAUUCAGGUUAUCAAUAGAAAUCUGGAUCUAAUUGCCGGAGAAAAGGAUAGGUAUAAUUUCACGACUGUCACCGGGUAUGAAGGGCCCGUGAGAGCUAAAACCACCUCUUUUGUUGAUGUGGCUAAAGUCCGAGGUCGAGAUGGAGACGAGGCUACUCUUGUGGACCAAUUGCUUAUGCAGGGUAGUCGUGGAAUGAGGCCCCUCCACACCAUUUCUAUUGUGGGUAUGGGCGGCAUUGGAAAGACGACCCUUGCCCAAUUAGUCUACCGUUCUGAACAGGUGAAAGCUCAUUUCCCUACCAUGUCGUGGGUUUGUGUUUCUGAACCUUUCGAUGAUCUGAGAGUUGCUAAAGCAAUCGUUGAAUCGCUUGAAGGGAGUGCACCAAACUUAUUCGAACUGGAAACUGUAUUGGGUCGUCUGAGAGACCGCAUUAAGGGACAGAAAUUCCUUCUUGUGCUGGAUGACGUAUGGACCGAGGAUUAUGAAAGGUUAGAACCCCUGAUAAGCUCCCUUAGCAGUGGUGCCCCUGGUAGUAAAGUUUUAGUCACUACGAGGAAUGAGAGGGUUGCUCAGAUGAUGGAAAGUAGCUACCUGCUGCGUUUGGGGGAAUUGACUGAGGAGGAUUGCUGGUCUCUCUUCAGUCAAUUAGCUUUAUCUGAAAGAAGCCAGAAAGACAUUCAAGAACUGAAAGAUAUUGGUAUGAGAAUAGCUAGCAAGUGCAAGGGCUUACCUCUAGCUGCAAAAACUAUAGGGAGUUUAAUGCGCUUCAAAACUUCACUUCAAGAUUGGAAGAAUGUUCUGGAGAGUGAUAUGUGGGACUUGGAAGCAAAAAAAGGUAUUUUUCCUCCUCUGCUGUUGAGCUAUUAUGAUUUGCCUUUACCAGUGAAAAGGUGUUUCUCGUAUUGUGCCAUCUUUCCACAGGAUUACGAGAUAGAGGCUGACAAUAUAAUCAAGCUGUGGAUGGCGCAAGGUUAUCUUAGUGCGAAUGGAACUGGGGAAAUGGAAGCAACUGGUAGGGAGUACUUAAACACUUUAGUGAUGAGGUCCUUCUUCCAAAUGAAAAAGGAUAAGGAUAAGGGUCGGGAUAAUGCUACUAGGUUGAAGAUGCAUGACAUGGUUCUUGAUUUAGCACGGUAUCUCAGAAAAAAUGAAUCCUAUGUCAUGGAGGUUGAUGGCAGAUUGGUUCACCGGAUCAAUUCAUCCUGUGAUAAGGCCCGUCAUUUGACAUUGAUACGUUCAGAAGACGUCCAUUUCCCCUUGUCCAUAGGCAAUGUAGGAAAACUACACACGUUUUGGGUUCAAUCAUUUUAUGACUCCCCACCAAUUGUUAGUGAGGUUGACAGAAUCUCACCUGAUUUCUUUGACGGCUUGGUGCAUCUCAAGGCUUUGGAUUUGAGUCGUAACAGGUUGUGUGAACUCUCAGAGGAGAUAGAUAAAUUGACAAAUCUGAGGUAUCUCAACUUAUCCCAUAAUCCAUUUUGGGAAUUGCCUGAAACAGUUUGUGAUUUAUAUAACUUGCAAACCUUGAAGCUUGUUGCAUGCGACCAUCUUAGGCAAGUACCUAAAGGGAUUGGCAAACUAAGAAACUUGAGGCAUCUUGAGAUUGAUCGUACAGGUAGUCUAAGGACAUUGCCUAAAGGGAUAGGAAUGCUGCCCUCUCUUCAAACACUGACCAAGUUUGUUCUAGCUGGCGUUACUGAUGGUGAAGAAACAAUUUGCACAAUAGGAGAUCUCAGUAGUCUGAACCAGCUUCACGGCUGUCUCAGAAUAGAAGGUCUGGGUUAUGUAGCAAAUGCAGAUCAAGCAGAGAAAGCUCAGUUGAAGAACAAGAAACACUUGGCGGAAUUGCAUUUGGAUUUUAAUCCUCAACUGCAAGCUGGGGGGAGAACAGAUGUUGCUGAUGCUCUUCAAUUGUGCUCGGAUUUGCAAACAUUGCAUCUCAGUUUCUAUGGUGGUGCUCGCCUCCCCGUUUGGAUGACAUCACUAAAUAAUUUGCGAAAGCUCCGACUUCAAGAUUGUCCAAAUUGUACCACUUUGCCUCCUUUGGGUAGGCUUGCGUCCCUUGAAAAUCUCUGCUUAGAGAACAUGCAUGGAUUGAAGAUUAUUGGCACUGAACUUUUUGGAGCACCUGAUUUGGGUGGAUGCAUGCAGACGAAUGGUGCACCGUCAACAGCUGCACUUGCCAUAUUCCCGAAGUUGAAGAAGCUCAAAUUUGCAGGCAUGAGUAGUUGGGAAAAAUGGGACAUGACCUGCAAAGAUAGAGGCGCUAAAGAGGGAAAUCCGAGUAUUAUGCCAUAUCUUCGCUAUUUGAAGCUUUCAGAUUGCAGCAAGCUGAACACGCUGCCGGAUCACCUGCUCGAGAAGACUCCCAUACGAAAGUUGUACAUCCACAACUGUCCACUUCUGCAGCAACAAUACCAAAAGAGAAUAGGGGAGCACUGGACGAAGAUAUCCCACAUCUCUAGGACUUCCUCAAGUACCAGUACUGGGGAUGUUUUUCCUCUUCGUAUAAUUGGUUGCUUGUUUGCUUCUUCGUAUACAACUAAUGUGUCUGUUGUAUGA